GGUUUCACUUUAUGACAAAGAAUGUCAGGACUAAACCACAGCAGCUCAUCUGUCACAGAAUUCAUUAUUAUUGGUUUUCCGGGACUUCGGGAUCAAGAAAGCCGGAAGGCUCUGUUUGCAAUCUUCUUGACAGUCUACCUCUGCAUUUUAUUAGGGAAUCUUCUUCUGGUCUUUAUUUUUAUGACUGAUAGAACUUUACACACCCCCAUGUACAUUCUAGUUUGUGGUCUGGCAGUUUUAGAUGUUGCCAUCACCACUAACACUGUGCCCAGCAUGCUGGUCUUAUUCCAUCUAGAAGUCAGGUCGGCCCCCUUUGCUGCUUGUUUUAGUCAGGUUGCUCUUUUUCUGGGUUUAUUCUCCACAGAGUGCUUCCUCCUCGGACUAAUGGCUUAUGAUCGUUACAUAGCCAUCUGUGACCCACUCCACUACCCUAAUAAAAUGAGUAACAGUCGCAUCUCGAAGCUUAUGUCUUGUUGCUGGCUGGCAGGUUUCUUUUGUGCAACUCCUACUGUAGUUCUUGCUCUUCGGCUUCCUUUUUGUGGGCCCAAUAAAGUAAUUCAUUGUUUUUGUGACUUUUCAUCUGUGUUGGCUUUAGCAUGUGGGGAUAUUGUCAUUCCAAGCUUUGUAGGAUUUUCCACUGGCAUGAGUGUUCUGCUCAUCCCGUUGAUAUUUAUCCUGUUUUCAUACGCACGGAUCAUAUUUUCAGUGGUUAGGAUCGCUAGUGCUAAGGGACGCCUGAAGGCUUUUUACACAUGUGCAACACACAUGCUGGUCAUUUCUGUCUUCUUUCUCGUAGCUGCUGGAGCGUUCAUCUCAAACAGAAUUCCCGGUACGUCUGUGGACAUCCGUAUGAUGGUACUAAUAAUCCAAAAUAUAUUUCCCGCUUUAAUGAAUCCGGUAAUAUAUUGUCUAAGAACUAAAGAGAUCAGAAGCAGCUUAAUGAAAACAUUAAAAAAAAGUAAAAUCAUAGCAGAGACCAGAAAUGGUUAGGUUUGAACAAAUUUUACAACACUAUUUCAAGGCAAAACUGUACCCUCGCUCAUGGUUUAAUUUCUUGGAAUAUUUACAGAAAAUGAACAUUUCCAUACAUUUCUUAACACUAGAAUCCCUGAA